AUUUUUUUGAUCCCUCACAGAUCAGCAUUAUCUUGAGUAUCGUUCGAAACAAUAAUUUGUUUUGUUUUUGUUAUCUGUUUACCGUGAAGUAGGUAUUGCAAAGGGGAAAUUAUGUCAGUAAAAUAUGUAUGUGUGUGUUCUGGUGUGUGUGUGUGUGUGUGAGUGUUACAAGAAAUGGUUUUUCUUCUAAGUACUGUGUGGCGUAAUGAAAAUCGAGCACAUACAUGACUAUAGGAUUUUUGUAAAUAGAAUUAGAGGACAAUACUAUCGAUACCAGAAUACAUCACUUGGUAAAACACUUUAACCACGCCAUGUCUAUUCCACACUCGUCUAUAAAAUACAAACCUAUGAUGGCUUUAAGUGUCUAUAUUUGGUCAUUUCCUGUUUUAUAUUCGUGGUAGGGAGGACGAGGAACUGUGUAUCCUUAAAAAACAUGGAUAUACAUAGUUUAAAAUUCAGAGAAAUGUUACGCAACAUGCACACUGUUUUUGUAUACAUAUUGUGGAUUUUCUGUUUUAUAUCGAUCCUUUUUCUCGCUUGUGGCUGGAUAUAUUUAACGUUCAAUGCAGCCAACUUUGAAUUUGACCAUAUUUCGCUUAUGUUGCAUAUAACAUUUAAUGUUUACAGCGAGAUAGGAUUAGAAAGCAAGGAAAUUAGUUGUGUACUGUAAUAUGUCAAGAACCUGUUGACAUCCUGCAUAAAAUGUAGGAGUGAAGGGGAAAUGAGGUGAGAUGAGUGAUCUCUUUACGCAACAAUAUCAAUAUGUUCAGUGCAGGCGUAAGUGGUACGUGAAGUACCUUCUGAUACACAUCCGAUAUUAUUCAUUUAUCGCACAUUCCUUGAACUUAUUACAAGAAAUACAGAGAAACCCCGCAGUAUGUGAGAUAUCUGGAUAUAUGUAUAUACGUUAGUUGACAAUUGCUUGUUACAUACCCGAGCGAGCCGAUUAGGAGGCCUAUCGAUAUGGAUAAUUCGACUGUCCCAGAAGAUAUACUUGGCCAGUUGAACAGCCACAGGGCCAUGAAUCUCCUUCCAAACACCAUUAUGCUCUUUAUUUAUAUUGUGUUGGGAAUUCUCGGCAAUUCAGCGAUCAUCUACAUCUAUAAGUUCAGGUUUCGGCAGACAUCUGAUGAGAGAUUCUUCAUUCCGUACCUGGCAGGCAUAGACGCCAUGGCCUCUGUGAUUUGUUCUUCUGCGAAUCUUAUUGUUAAUUUCAAUCCCGUUCUUUACACAAACGCUGCUUUGUGUAAAAGUUUCUUCAUGUUGAGCCAGUUUGCGGCAUCUUCUUCAUCACUGAUGCUGACGAUUAUUGCCGUCCAGCGAUUCCAGUUAAUCUGUCGACCUUUCAAACCUAGGAUGACCCUGAGAAAUAAGAGACUGUGUGUGUUGUGCACGUUAUUGGUUGUGUUCCUUUUGUCAAUUCCAAGUGUGUUCAUUACAGGAAUAGCACCGAUAACUAACAAAAGCUUGAAUGUGACUGGAUACGUGUGCGCUUCCGUCAAGGUGAUGGGGUCAAGUGUAUUCCCAUUUGUGUACAAUUUGUUGGUCUUGACGAUGUGCGUUGGGAACCUUUUUGUAUUAUGUACUCUCUACGUCAUGAUCGGGAAGACCAUAUAUGGCCGUGCCAGGUACAGAAGGAGUAUGAAAUUGAAACCGAUAGGCGAGUCUUCAUCCCCCGAUGGCCUAAGUGAAAGUUGCACGGGAAAGACAUCGACCAUUUCAGAGACACAAAGCUCGACCCCGCCAAGUGCGUCACACGGAAAGUUUUCAAGAAAGAUGAGGACGACUGGUAAUAGACUUUCGAUAAUGUUUCUCGUUGUAACUUUGGUGUAUAUAUUAUGCUAUGCGCCAACAAUAAUUGCGAUAGUACGUAGUUCUCUAGACAAAAAUGACUGGAAAGACAAAUCCACCACCGAGACUCUGGGUUUUCGAACUGCUAAUACCUUAUACAUUAUUAACAACAUUGUUAACCCAAUAAUAUAUGGAUUAUUCGACCCGACACUGAGGAAGGAAAUAAUCGCAUGGCUCUCUAAUAUGUUUUAGGAUAUACUAUUGUGAUUUAAUUCCUAUAUAUCUUCAUUCGAUAGAUAUAAGAAGUUUUUAAACGUAAUUAAUUUUGGAAAAUAUUAUAGUUAAUAGUACUGAUCGAGAUAAGCAUAUUAGAUUGCAGGAACUAUAAGUUAUAAUGUUACAGACAAAGGAAUGCGACUCGACUACGGCACAAGACUGUACAGAUACUUGGUUUGAUACACAAAAUUCGAGUGAAAUUGUUAAUAAAAACUGUUAUACGUGAUAAGAAUAUCCGAUGUUCAACGACCAAGUAUCAAAUUUUGUUAACACAUAAUGCUAUCACGCAUUAACUGGAUUUAAACAGAAAACUAUUACAGUUUCCAGAGAUUUUGCUUUGCGUACACGUUUGUGCGUUUUACAAAACGCAAAUUACACGAGACCUGGUAUGCUUACAUGUACUUUCUUUCAUUGUUUCGAUUCUAAAAGAAAGCGUUCAUAGGUUUUAAUUUUAGUUGUCGUUUGAAUUCAAUUUUCAAAGAUAAAAUAAACCAAUUUAAUAUCUCGGUAAGCAUUGGAAUAUGACUUCAUUUUUAAUAUUGAAUAAUUUUCUCUAUAUUUUACUGUUAUGCCUUCAAUAUUUGGUAAUCUAUUUAAUGCAAUAAUGCAAUAUACAUAGGUAGCAGUGUACAGUAGCGUACGGUGGCCAUGGGUAAUAUUUUUGUACAAUGCAUAACCCCUGUAA